AUGGGCAGGGAAAGCAUAGAAGAAGGAAAAUUAUCAAAUCCUCUGCUUGUCAAAAAUAUUGAUUCUGAAUCUCAAAUCUAUGGCUAUGGUGGUAGAGGUGAAAACAGUGGUGCUGGUAAUGAACAACAAAGUGGAACUUUCUCAUCGUCGGCCACGACCAUGGUUGUGCUCAGCUCUCUGGUUGCUGUGUCUGGUUCCUAUGUUUUUGGGUCUGCGGUGGGAUAUUCCUCACCAGCUCGGUCUGGGGUCAUGGAUGAUUUGGGCCUCACUGUGGCUGAGUACUCGGUUUUUGGUUCAAUAUUGACAAUUGGAGCAAUGAUAGGAGCAGUAGUGAGUGGGAGAAUAGCAGAUUACAUAGGUAGAAGAGGUGCAAUGGCCUUUUCUGAGAUAUUCUGCAUAUUGGGAUGGCUAGCCAUAGCUUUCUCUAAGGUUGCUUGGUGGGCUGAGCUUGGAAGACUGUUGGUAGGAUGUGGAAUGGGACUUCUUUCUUAUGUGGUGCCUAUAUACAUAGCAGAAAUAACACCAAAGAAUCUGCGAGGAGGAUUUACAACAGUUCAUCAGUUUAUGAUUUGUUGUGGUGUGUCACUAACAUAUCUUAUCGGGGCUUUUUUGAACUGGCGAGCUUUGGCUCUCAUAGGAACUGUUCCUUGUGUUAUACAGAUCUUAGGUCUAUUCUUCAUCCCAGAGUCUCCUAGAUGGCUGGCAAAGAUUGGUCAAGAGAAAAAGUGUGAAGAUGCUCUCCAGAACCUUAGGGGGAAGAAUGCUGAUAUUUCUCAAGAAAUUUCUGAGAUUAGAGACUAUACAGAAACUCUGAAGCGGCUUUCAGAAGCGAGCAUUCUUGACUUAUUUCAAAGAAGAUAUGCGUAUUCCCUCAUAGUAGGAGUUGGUCUUAUGGUACUGCAACAAUUCGGAGGGGUUAAUGGCAUUGCCUUUUAUGCAAGUACUAUAUUCAUUUCAGCUGGAUUUUCAGAUAGUAUCGGGACUUUAGCUAUGGUUGCUGUUCAGAUUCCAAUGACUGGUUUGGGUGUAAUUUUGAUGGAUAAAUCUGGAAGACGUCCACUUCUUCUGGUAUCUUCAACAGGAACAUGCUUAGGUUGCCUCCUUGUGGGGUUGUCAUUCUUGUUGCAGAACCUUCAACAAUGGAAGCAGGUCACUCCCAUCUUGGCGCUUGUUGGCGUACUGGUAUUUACAGGAUCGUUCUCAUUGGGCAUGGGAGGAAUUCCUUGGGUUAUAAUGUCAGAGAUAUUUCCCAUAAACAUGAAGGGCUCAGCUGGUAGCCUAGUAACAUUGGUUAGCUGGUUAGGUUCUUGGAUUGUCUCAUAUGCUUUUAAUUUCCUAAUGGAUUGGAACUCAGCAGGAACUUUCUUCAUGUUUUCAUGCGUAUCUGGUGUAACCAUUCUAUUUGUUGCAAAGCUGCCUGUUGUUGAUGAUCAGCACCUUAGACCAAUUGUGUAUUUCAGUUUCAGUUGCUCCACAGGAGUGCUGUUGGUUUGUGACCGCUUUGCCUUUGUGGUUGUGUGGUCCUUAAAAGUUUCUGAGAACAGGAACAUAAAAGCUUUUCAUUACCGCAAGCUAAGGAGACAUGACUUGAACAAAUCAUCAAUGUCUAAGAUGGAAAGGGUAAAAAGAAUUGCAUGA